GGCAGCCCCAUAGCGCUAUGGGGCGGGGGGUGCUGGUGGCCAGCGCCCCCCGGGGGGUGUACCUGCGGCUCCGGGGUCCCCCCCCCCAGCAGGGGUCGCUGUGGGUCCGGGCCCCACAUUGUGUGGGGCUGGAGCCAGGGGAGCUGGUGCUGGCGUUUGAUGCUGAGAGGUUCCGCAGGGAGGUUCGGGAACACCGUCCAGGGGAUCCGAUGCCAGAGCCAAGUGUGAGCCUGGAGCUGGGAGACAUCUGCAUCCGGAUGACCCAGUCCUUCACACAGCCCCUCCUGGAUGACCUCCAUUAACCCCCCCCGAGGCUCCGCCCCCAUCACCGCCUGCUCCCAUUGGCUGCUGCUGCCUCAGUCCCGCCCCUGCUGCGCUCUGAUUGGCUGAGGCUCCAAGGCCAAAACCAGCCCUAUUGAACCCAAUUGGGAGGGGUUUAUGACGUCAUAAGGAGGAAAUGACGUCAGAGAGGGGGAAUUUUGGGUCUAAUUCACUGGAUAUUGGGUUUAAUGCGCUUUAAUUCCCUUUUUAGUCACUUUAUUCCCCAUUUAUUGCCUGAAAUCUGUGGUUUUUGCCCUAAAUUUGCCUUAAUCAGGUUUUAAUUCCCAUUUAAUUCCAUUAAUUCCCCAUUUAUUGCCUUAAAUCCCGUUUUUUUUGCAUUAAAAUCCCUUUUAAUCGAGUUUUAAUUCCCAUUUAUUCCCUUUUAUUCCAUUUUACCCAUUAAAUUCCCCAUUUAUUACCCUAAAUCCGGGUUUUUUCCCUUAAAUUCCCUUUUAUUCCCAUUUUAUCCCCUUUUAAUACAUUUUAUAUCCCAUUUAUUGCCUCAAAUCCCUGUUUUUCACCUUAAAUUCCCUUUAAAUCCCCUUUUAUUCCCUUUAAUCCCCAUUUAAACCCCCAUUUCCCCUCAAGCCGCGCCCACUUCCGCUCUCCAUGACGUCACUUCCUCCCACGAUGCCCUUCGGCCGCUCCUCGCUGCCCCCUGGCGCCCACCGCGAGUACGAGGCCGCAAUGGCGGCGCUGGGGGCGGAGCCGGAACCGGAAGUGGUGACCUCCUCACCCCCCCCACCGGAGCUGAUCCGAGACCCACACUUCCGGUUGCAGGCGGAAGCGGCAGUGACCCCCGGGUUCAUGGCCGCCAUCUUGGGACCGGGGUCUAUGGGGCAGUUGGCCGCCAUGUUAGACGGGGAAAGGGAGGACAAGAUGGCGGCCGGAAGUGAGGGAGCAACGGCCAGCAAGAUGGCGGCCCCCAUGGCGGAACUCACCGCAGACAAGAUGGCGGCGCCCAGGGAGAAAGGGGAGCAGGCCGAAGUGAGGGUCACGUGGUGUACCCUUUGCCCCAAGAUGGCGGCCACCGUGAAGAGGCAAGGCCACAAGAUGGCGGCCCCCAUAGUGAGACCCGUAUCCAAGAUGGCCACCCCCAUGGAGAGACCCGUAUUCAAGAUGGCGGCCCCCAUAGACCCACCCCCUUUCAAGAUGGCCGCCCCCAUGAUAGACCCAACACCCAACAUGGCGCAACCCACAGCAAGCGGAGACACAAUCAAAAUGGCCGCCAUGGCUCUCACCCUUACCCAACAUGGCGGCCCCCAUGGGGACACUCAAGAUGGCGGCUCCCAUUAACCCUAUUCCCUCUCCCAUUGGUUCCUUUAUUGCCAUAAACCCCUCCCAUUUCAAGAUGGCCGCGUCCUUGCUCGCUCCAAUAUG